AUGGUCCAGGCAACGCUCUGUCUUUUUCCGCUUCUGACGGUCGUCCAGGUGUACUGCUCACCGUUCGCUUCUCCAAAGAUGCACAUGCAUGAGAAGCGAAGUGGUAUACCUGCUGAGUUUAUCGCAAUGGGCGCAGCUGCGCCGAAUGAGACGCUGAGUUUGCGUGUGGCGCUCAUACAGGGUAAAUUUUCGGGUUUGGAGGAGUCGUUGUAUGCGGUUAGUACCCCCAGCAGCCCAUCAUACGGGAAAUUCCUAACGAAAGAAGAGGUCGAGGCAUUCGUCACACCAUCGGACGCAGCGACAUCGGCAGUCCAGGCAUGGAUCAAGUCACAUAACCUGAACGUCGCUGCUGUAUCACCCGCAGGCGACUGGUUCAGCCUCGACGUGACUGUUCAACAAGCCAAUGAACUCCUUUCCGCCGACUUUAAGACGUACCAACAUCAUGAUACAAAUUUGACGGCUGUUCGCACGUUGAGCUAUUCUUUACCUGCGGAGUUGCAGCCGCAUAUUGCGUUUGUACAUCCCACGGUCUCGUUUCCAAGAACGCUAUCGCGCGCUUCGCACCGGGGCUUCAGACAGCUCCCGAAUUUAUUCGUUCCCGGAGCAGUCGGGCACAAUAAAAAGAACGGAACUGCACCAGACUCCUGCGAACAGCAAGUGACGCCUGUUUGUCUUCAAGACUUGUAUAACAUCCCUCGAACCCCUGCCAAUCAGAAGAACAACUCCAUAGCCGUCACCGGCUUCCUCAAUGAGUAUGCGAAUGAAGCGGAUCUUUCGGAGUUCUUGAUCAAGUUUAGACCUGAUAUGCCCGCUGAUACGACUUUCACAUUUGAGUCUAUCAAUGGUGGAGUCAAUCCUCAAGGUAGUGGCACGGCGGGCGGCGAGGCGAACCUCGACGUUCAAUACACCGUUGGGUUAAGCACAGGAGUGCCUGUACAGUUCAUCUCAGAGGACCCCAAUGGCGAGAAGGGAAUACUGGACGAUUUCUUGGCCACCGUUCAGUUCCUGCUGAACGAGCCGACAACGCCGAACGUGGUGACGACAAGCUAUGGGCUGUCGGAGACAAGUGACGAGGAAAGCGUUCCGCUAUUGAUCAAUAUCUGCAAUGCGUUCGCACAACUGGGUGCCCGAGGGACGACUGUGCUGUUCGCUUCUGGUGAUGGGGGCGUUGCUGGGUAUUCGGACGACUGUGGCUCUGAUUCUAACUUCUCACCUUCAUUUCCCUCGAGUUGUCCAUUUGUCACUUCAGUUGGCUCUACCACCGGUAUCAAGCAAGAACAAGCCGCAUCAUUCUCCAGCGGUGGCUUCUCCAACAUCUUCCCCCGCCCCUCGUAUCAGGAGAAAGCUGUCUCCAAUUACCUCGACUCCCUGGGCGACACAUACUCUGGCCGUUUUAACGCCUCUGGUCGAGCAUUCCCCGACGUUUCUGCCUUGGGCAUCGGCCUCCAGAUUGUCGCGAAUGGUUCGAUUGAGGCGAUUGGUGGCACAUCAGCAAGCAGCCCCAUCUGGGCGUCGAUUGUGGGGCUGCUUAAUGAUGAGCUGAUUGGGAAGGGGAUGCCUGUAGUCGGGUUCUUGAACCCGUUGAUUUAUGAGCAUCCGGAAGCGCUGAAAGAUAUCACCUUGGGUAGUAAUCCGGGGUGUGGUUCCGAUGGAUUCUCUGCUGCCAUUGUCCCAGGUUAUGACCCGGUCACGGGUAUGGGCAGCCCUCGUUAUGACAGACUACGGGCAGUGCUUGGACUGGACGAGAGCUAG